AUUGUUUAGUACAUUGUUUACUUAAUUGUUUAUUAAUGUUUUCUUUUAUACAGGUUAUCGACGCAUAUCUUUACCACCUGAUAAAAGAACACCAGAUGGCUGUACAUCAGUUAUGUGCAGUUGUGGGUUCAUCAUUGUUUGCUGGACAGUUUAGAUGUGUUAGUAAGAUGAAAUUUCCAGCAGGGAAUGUUUGGCUGUGCCCCGUAAACACUGGAGCACACUGGAUUCUUGUUAUUAUCAAUAUGUUAAAAAAGGCAGUGAUGCUUGUUGACCCGCUGGGACAGGAAGGAUUGUAUAAGCGGAAAAUUAUGCGUAACUGGAGGAAUUUUUUGAAGACAAGGGGACUUGAUGACAGCAGGGUUGUGUGGCAGUGUAAAACAAUGCAGCACAACCAGCAGCUGGAUUCAAGCAGUUGUGGAGUUUUAAUACUGAAGUUUGCAGAGGACUUCCUUUUAAAGGAGGUAAUAACUGAAGUUCAAACAACUCAACAAGCUGUGAGUGCUGCACGAAUGGAAAUUGCCAGCUCACUGCUUACAUAUCGAAAAAAUGCAGAGGAUUACUGCAUAAGUUGCUCCAUGCUGCAAGACGACGCUGACAGGAGCAUGAUUGAAAUGGUGCAGUGUGACCUUUGUAGUAGAUGGGCUCAUUUUGAAUGUGCUGAAUUUGAUGUGUCGCUCACAACCUACAUUUGUAAAAAAUGUAGACACUCAUCCUCCUGAGACUUGUAAUUAGUUCUUGUUGUUGUUGUUUUAGU